GUCAGAGCAAGAGAACAAGAGAAAAGACUCGUAGUACAGACGUCUCAGGAUUUUUCCUCAUACAUUUCUAUUUGUAACAGCAUGGACGUGCCAAACACGCAGAGGAUUGUCCUGCUGGGAAAAACUGGAAAUGGGAAGAGCAGUCUGGCUAAUACCAUAUUUGGAGAGACUGUGUUCAAAGUGAACCAUUUUAAUGACUCAAACAAACGUGUUUCUCAAUCUGAAACCAGAUGUGUCGAUGGCAAAAGCUUCACUUUGAUUGACACUCCCGGGUUUUUUGACCCUGGAAUGUCCGACGAGGACGUGAAGCCGGAGAUGAUGAGGUGCAUCACAGAGUGUGCUCCUGGGCCUCAUGCUUUUCUGCUUGUUCUAAAAGUGGAGAAAUUCACAGAGCAGGAGCAAAGUGUCAUCACUAGAAUAUGUCAGCACUUCUCAGAUGAUGCUCUUAAACAUGCGGCGGUGGUCUUCACUCAUGGCGACCAGCUUCCUGAAAAGAUGAAAAUAGAGGAGUAUGUAAGCCAAAGUCAGGGUCUGAGCCAUCUGGUGGAGAAGUGUGGAGGCCGCUGCCACGUCUUUGAUAAUAAAUACUGGAAAGGCAACCAGCAGGAUGAUUAUAGAAACAACCAGUUUCAGGUGGCAGAGCUGCUGAACACCAUUAACACCGUAGUGGAAGAAAACGCUGGAGGACACUACACUAAUGUAGUGCUUCAGGAAACGGAGAGUGAAAUUCAAAAAGAGGCAGAAUGCAUUAAGCAAUCAUCAAAAAACAUGUCACAGGAGCAAAUCAGGAAGAGGGCGAUAAGUAACGUCCUUAAGAAGCAGGUGGACGGUGGAGGUGAGUUAUGGAAAAAGUGUCUUGUAAGUGUAGCAGUCAUCACAGGGUUAUCUGUAGCUGCCUCGGCUGUGUUUAUAGCCUCCAAAAAAGUACUAUUACCUGGCCCAAAUCACCUGGCUGAACUGCUAGAACCUAUUCUUGAAAAGGCAAUUAUUGUGUCACCAGUGGUGGAAGGAGAAGAGCAAAUAGCUGAGGCAGCCAUAAGUGCAGCUCUGCCAGCCAUUGCAAUAGAACAGGUUGCUGUGGCAACAAAGGAAAUAACACUAAAUGUACUUGAAGAUCACUUAAACUAUCUGCAUGAUCUUUUUGAAAGAACUUAUGAUCCUUUUAAUCUAUUUUGUUGAAGUAGAGUCAAAAUAAAAAAAGGCUAUCCAUCACCCUCACCUGUUUUAAAAAGUAAAAAAGUUUUAAUUAACUGGCCUAUUUUGGUUUUUGUCUUUAUGGUAUCGAUGGGUGUUAACUGCAAUGCUGUUUCCUUUGAUAUGAAAUAUUAACAAUGCUGAUUACUUAAAAUAAGAGAAGAUAGUGUACAAAUAAAUCUUACAAGGGAAUAAAUUUUCUGGAAUGACCUGAAAUUUGACAGUGCCUUUUCUACUUUAUGAUUCUUUUCUCAGUUUUGUGGUAUUUCAUGUCCAAACUGACACAUUUUUACAAUUGACGUUUCAUUUUGUAAAUUUUGUCAUGUCCAAUGUGCUUUAAAAUUAUAAAUGAAGUUUUUCAUAUAUUUAGUUUUAUUUUUCACUCAUGUUAAAUGGAACAAUUUAAAAAGCUUGAAAAUUUAUUCCCU